AUUUGUAGCUUUGAUGAUUUUUGUAGGAAACUCUGGAGGAGCUGAUUGAAGCAGAAAAAGCUUUCGAUGUACAGUUCAAAAACUGGGAGAGCCAGUUUGAGAAAUGGAAAGAACAGAAUAUCAACCACCCUGACAAAACGCAGUACAAAGAGUAUGAGGCCAAAUGGGAGAGCUGGAGGGAACAGCUUGUUCAAAGAAGAGAUCAGAUGAGAAAGAAACGGGAAACCAGAUUAGAAGAAAUUAAGCAGGAGAAAGCGGCGCAAGAAGCGGCGGCUAAGGCAGCGGCCAGCGCCACUAAUCCGGCGACAAACGCAGCGGCGGCGGCUGCGGCUGUGGUGGCGGCAGCGGCAGCGGCUGCGGCAUCGACCGCCCCUCCCGACCCCUACGGCUAUGCGGCCCAGAUGCCGCCUCCGCCACCCAUGUUCGCGCCCUAUGCACCCUAUCCGGCCGCCGCCAUGUUUGGGGCGCCGCCUCCACCCGCCCCGGCCCCUCCUGCUCCAGCCCCCCCGACCAACAUGUUCAACCCGAUGAGCUUGCCGCCGCCGCCUGUUGUCAACGCGGCCGCCGAUAAGGACAAGGCAAUGAAUCAAGACAAGGGCAGUCCUUUCGGAGGCCAAGGUAUGCGACCGAAAGACGGCAAAGGUAUUCCCGGUCUCGACCUGCUGGCUGAUGGUGCUAAACAUUUCAAGGACAAUAAUAAACCACCUCCUUCUUUCAAUCCGUACGGCGAAAACAAGAACCAGCCAAUGAUCACGACCUCUGAUGACUGUAAAGCGUUCGACUUUCCCAAGUCAAAGCCUGACAACCAGUCUGACUUCUUCAAAAACUUCAAUGUUCCUCCUCCACCUUCCGCCGGCGGCUUUGGUGGAAACAUGAUUCCUGGCUUAAUGGAAGGCUUCAAUCCAGGCCAGUUCCCACCGAAUUUCAACAAAGAUGACCAGUCAGGCGAACGCCACAAGCAGAGCCGAUUCUCAGGUUCAAAUAACGAAGGCUCUUCAAGUAACCAAGGACCCGAAGGCCAAUGGACGCCCGGCAAAGACCAGUUGAAGACUGGCGGUUCCCGAUGGGGAAACAACGAUCUCCCUCCCGAUGAAUCUAGCUCCUUCUCUCGAGGAUCUCUUGAGGAUAAAGGGUCCCGCGAUAGAUUCGGCAGAGAUGACAGUAACGACAGAUUUGGUGACAACAGUCCAUUCUCUCGAGGUGGCGGCGACCGAUUUUCAGGAUCCCGUGACAGCUUUGGAAGGAAAGGGCCCGGAGAUGGUCUGUUAGAGAAGCCGUUUGGCUUUGGUGGCCGACCGGGGGUCAACCUAGAUGAACCCGACAGGUUUGGGGGUAGUCCCGCUGAUAGGUUUGGUGGUCCUGAAGGUGAUCGUUUCGGACCAGGAGGAGAUAGAUUUGGUGGAGGGCCCGACGACAGAGCCAGGGGUGGUCCAGGAGGAGGACGAUUUGGUGCACCUGAUGACAGGUUCGGAGGAGAACCUCGUGGGCCGCCAGAAGACAGGUUUGGCAACAGAUUCGGUGGUGAUAGGCAACAGCCUGGAGAUAGAUUUGGUGGUCCACCUAGACCUCGAGACAGGUUUGGCGGCGGCGACGAUUCACAAGGUUUUGAAGGUUCUCAAGGAGACAAACCCGAUGAUGAACUAUCUGGAGAUGGAUCCAGAGGAAGGGGUGGUCGAUUUGGUGGACCCCCUGAAGGUGACAGAUUCGGAGGAGACGCACCUGGGUUCAGAGAUGGACCUGGAUUCAGAGGUGGAGAUAGGUUUGGAAGGCAGAGAGGAGGUCGCUUUGGAGGACCCCCUGGAGGCGAUCGAUUUGAACCCCCGGAAGGUGACAGGUUCGGUGGCAGUCCAAGAAAAGGUCUGCUGGACACUCCAGAAAGGUUCGGCCCCGGAGAUGGUCCCAAGUUCGAAGGAGGAUUCAGAGGAGGUCCUGGAGGAAAUCGGUUUGGCCGAGACAACAGAUUCGGCCCUGGCCCUGAUGGACCUGAGGGAUUCCGAGAUGAACCUCUCCGUAUGGGACCUGAAACGGAUGCUGGCGAUGCCUCCCAGCCUGGACCUGAAGGUCACGACAGCUUUGAAGGCCCUCCUGCAGGACCUAACAAGGGUCCGGUCUCCUUAUUGGAUCUACCACCGAUUAAACCACCUUUUGUACCAGAAGGUCCCAGAGGCGGGGAUGGUAUACUAGGUCCGGCUCCAGAUGAUGUGGGCAGAUUCAAUUCGCCUAGAAAUGAUGAUAGAUUCCCUCCCGGUACUCCAGGCAGUAAUUCAGCUCGCAGCCCAUGGAACCAAAAAGGUGGCCCCGAUAAAUCGACACCUCAUGAAUCAGAGGAGCAGGAGCAAUACCGUCCAUCGACUGUGCAUGACUACAGUGUUGAAAGCGAUGCAGAUAGGCCAGGCGUCAAAGUUAUCGAUUAUAAACACUCAAAACUUGAACCAUCUUACGAUGAGCCAGAGACGCUUGAACCUUUGAAAAUGUUUGACUAUGAUCAUGGAUCGAAAAGAAUGAACUACCUAAAAUAUGAAGCAGGUGAGAGGGGAUUCAGAAUUUCAGAUGACUUUGGUCGCAAUGUCGACUCGAACGGAUAUCGAGGGAGAGACAGAGACAGAAACAGGGAUGGAUCAAGGGAUAGGGACCGAGACAGAGACAGGAAUAGGGAUAGGGAUCGUCCCCGUAGCAGAGAUAGAGACAGAAAUAGGGAUUCUGGAAGAGGAGACAGGGAUAGGGACGUUGGGCGAGGAGACAGAGAUAGGGAUAGUGCUAGGGGAGACAGAGACAGAGAUAGGGAUAGUGCUAGGGGUGACAGAGACAGAGAUAGGGAGAGAGAUCGUGAUGCGAACAGAGACAAGGACAGAGGGACUCCGAGGAGACGGAGUCGAAGCAGGGAGAGGGGAAACCGAGAUUCGGCACCGGAAAGAGAUGAAAAAAGAAAACAGCACCCCGAUGAUGAUAAUAAUAAAGAAGACACUAAAGAGAAUGAGAAAAAUAAAUCGUCAUCGGUGCAAAGCUCGAACUCGCAGUCUGCCGAGAAGCGAAACAGAGGCUCGACGGGCCCCAAACCUCGUGCUGUGCUAAUCGAAGCACAGUCGGCUCCAAUGGUGGCAGAGACAGCGUCAGAAGAAAGCUAUGUGUUCCACGAAAGCAAGUCGGAUAAAGAGGUGGAGGAGAAGGGAACCCCGCCUAGGAUUUUAUCAAUUGACGACUAUUUUAUUGCUGAAACUGAAAAGACUGAAGUAGAUCCAGACACUGGGAGAAAAGUGACAAAAAGAGUGUUGGAGUAUGAAUACGAAGCCGUGAUGGAACCCAACUAUCGCACUUCGCUCCUCAGAGCACUCAAGAAAACAGUUUCUGAUGGAUAUUUUCCUUUUAUUAUAGUCGACUCUGUUAAUGACAAAAUCGAUCACUACGAAGAAAUGUAUAACUUUGCUAUACAAAAUGGCUUCCAAGUGUAUAUAACUGAAAUGGACAUGGACGCGAGUGCAUGUAGCAAGCGCAACAUCCAUAAACGCACAGAGAAAGAAAUCCAAGACGUUAUCGAUGGCUGGGAACCAAUGCCCAAUUAUCAGGUGGAACUUGACAUCCGAUCACUUCUGCAGUCGGCUGCCAUAACUGAGGAUGUGACCACGCAAGGUUUAUUUAGAAGCAAGUGGGACAACGUGGAUUGCACUGGCGAAAAACUAGACAAACUGGACGGACUCGUCAAAGCAAGAAAGUCGGACAGCUCCAUCAAGGACUGGCUUCAACUACCAGAUGACUACUAUGCCAACCCAUCAAAGCCUUCAAAGCCAGGGGCCAAGAGGGUUCGGUGGGCCGACUUGGAGGAGAGGCGUGAACAGGAGAAAAUGAGGGCGAUCGGAUUUGUGGUCGGACAGACCGACUGGUCGCGCAUGAUGGAUCCUUCACAGGGCGGCAGCAAGCUCACCCAAACCAAAUACAUCUAAAACGUAUCCCUCACCAGUUGACAAAUGUUUGGGUGGGAGCUUGCUCUUGCGUAAUAGUGGACUUAUGAUAGAAAUAACUCACCACAGGUUUAAGAGCUCUCUCCCCUGUAGUGCGAAUGUAUUUAGUUAAUUGACUUUAUGAGAGGAAUUAGAAAUAUUGAGUCAGUAAGCAGGAUGGAAACAAACUCGCUCCCUAAGUGUUUAGACAUCUUCGAGGAAAUGAUUUGAAAAUGGUGAAGGCAUAAUCGUCCAGACUAUUUCUUAAGGGAUGAACAGUUUAUGUUCACCACUUUGCAACUGAUUGAUCGAGUACCUAUGGUAUUUACUCUUGAUAACUAAUAUUAUUGUAUUCAACAUUUUUGGGGAGAAUUAUUUGAAAAUACUCAUCAUUCGAUAAGAUUAGAUUGUAACUAAUUAUAAUUAUGUGGGAACGAAAUAGUCCAAACUAUUCUUAGGUGAAGAAAUUAUAAUAUUCACUAGUUUUUAACUGAUUAAAAGUGAACUCAGGUAGUAACGACCUCGUAUGAACUAAUAAUGUAUAUCUAGCAGUUUUUGGGGAAAAAAUUGGAAAUAUUCACAAUCUGCUGAAUAGAUUGCAAUCAUUGGUGAAAAUGCGAAACUAACAUUUCGGGGAAGGAUUCGAAAUUAUUUAGCAGUUGGUGAAGAGUGUUUGAAUGAGCUCUCAGGGUGAAACUCGUCAAAACUAAAUAAUGUAUAUUUAAAAGUUUUAGAGUAGGAUUUCAAAAUACCGAAACCUUGAUUACACCACAUGGCGGAUAGAUUAGUAUCAACUAUGUUCCAUUUAGGGUUAUAUUAAGUUUAUUGAGUGAUAUUAUUAGUGUACUUAUAGGGUUCAUUGAGUGAAAUCACUUCAUAUCAUUAACAACUUUUAAUUAUUCAAAUAAUUCUCUAUCCUUUUAAUAACUAAGUGAGUACAGAAUGACAAUUUCAAAUUUGUGUGCUGGCUAACAACUGUCACCAGGUUAUUAGAGGGAUAAAGUCAAUAAAUUUUUAUUUGAGUCUGCAAUCAAUUAGGUAAAUUUCUAGUGUUAAUAUGUAUGUUGGACUUCCAUAGAAAAACAUCAGAACUUCAACAAAGUUAAAAACAUCUAGUUGAUGGAAUUCUCCUUCCUCUUUUAUGUAAACUAGGUAUAAACUUUCUUGAAUCUUUAUUUGUGGGAAAACGUUUUCCAAGAUUAGUUGAAUAAUAUUGAAGUUUCUCUGCUGUAUAGACAAUUUUAGCGUGGAAACUUCGAUUUUUUUGUUUGCAAUAGAAAUUUUAAUAAUGUGUAAUAUAGGUCUAUCUAGGUACUGUAGUCAGUGUUUUGUAGUUUCAUACGCAUAAUGUGUAUCAUUGUUACACAUAUAGAAAUAAUCUCCCUAUCCCUUUGAAAAAAAAUGUCUUCUAUUCUAUUUACCUUCUUCACCACAGUUCAUUUUGUUAUUUGCAUUAAUAAAACUCUAUAUCAAUAUCCUAUGCCAAUCGCAUCAUUUCAUAGUGGAGUGGAGUUUGAAGGUUACUUUACGAUCUAGCUUUUGAUUCUGUUGUAUAAUGCUCAACUCCGAUAAUAAAUUAUAAGAUCUGGAUAUUUUGCGGUUUCAGUGUAAUUUUCCAAUCAAAUGAAUUGCAUUAAUUGUUCGAUUGUCACUACUGGAGUAAGAUACGAUACAAUAAUUUGAUAUUGAUUCAGAAAAUAAUUCUAUAUUCAUUUUGAAGAAAAUAUAAAAAUUGGUAAUAACUAAGUUUUUCUGUCUAGUGAAGUAGCAUCACUGUAGCGUUUAGUAAGUAGGCUGUACAAUAAUUUGAUCAUAAAAUAUUCAAUAUCCUUGAAUUUUUCCAGUUUUUUUUGGAACCCUGAUUUGAACGUUCAUUAGUUUAGUAAUUCCAGGAAUAUAUUUCGUAAUUGAAAUUUUCUUUUCACUGUGUUCAAUGAUAUUUAUCCACGCACUUAAUCUCUCUUUCAAAUUCAAUUUUUUUUAACGCUGAACAUUUUUAUGAUAUUAGUAUUAAUAAUCAUGGCUAUUUGUCUCAAAUCCUUGACUAAUUCCUUAAUUAAUUUCUCCUAUCCUGCUUCUAAUUGAAAAUUUCCACCUAUGUAUUUCUUCUGCUUUUCCUCUUUGCUCAUCCUUUGUAAAUAAUACCUACUCUUAUCAAGAUAAUACUCUGCAUUUGAUUAAAAAUGUACUUGGUGAAAAUGUUCUCAUAGUUUUGAUUGGAGGCUGCCAUCAGUUGAUAUUAUGUUAUUUUUAAAUCAAUUUUACUUCGUAAUUAGUGUAGUGUUAGCUAAUUGAUGUAGUUCCAACUUUUUAAACAAAAAAUACAUUGGUCUUAUCAAAAUA